GACUUUUUCCCCGAGGCUCCUAGGGACAAGAGAGGAGCUAGGCCCAGCUCUCCCUCAUUUUCUUUGCUGCCUUGAGAGUUCUCCUCUUCCAGCACUGGCUGCCGCUGUGGCUGGCUCCUUUCUCUCCCCUCCCCCUUCCUUUAGGCUAAAGGCCCACAGGGACUGACAGGGAGGGAGUGCUGAGCGGCUGUACUGUGGACAUGCCCGCUCCUUUCCCUUCCCCCUUCCCUUGGCAGCAACGUCACCACAGCACCAACGGCAGCGGCAGCAGCAAGGAUACUGGGGCUGGGAUUGCGCAGCCUCCCUGCAUUAGCAGCGAUGCCAUUGUAUUAACAGAAAUCAGAUCUCAGGAAGUCGGCCCAGUUCCUCCUGUGUGGUCCUGUGGAACAGUGCCUCAGCUGGAACUGUCAAGGUAGAGCUUGAUCAGAGUGCAAAAGGAACAGAAGCCUCCGGGUACAGCUCAAGGCUCCUUGCAGAGGUGCCAAGGUCUCCUGAUGAAAUGUGUUCUGCCCCACUGGGCUCCGGGGGCAGUGUCUGGUGCUGUUGAUGCCCUUGUUCGAACUUUCCAGAAUGGAUAGUCCCCCAAAGCUGACUGGAGAGACCCUCAUCGUCCAUCAUAUCCCCCUGGUGCACUGCCAAGUGCCAGACAGGCGGUGCUGUGGAGGGGCAAGUGGAGGUAGUGGGAGCAUAAGACCCAAUCCGUUCUGCCCACCCGAGCUGGGCAUCCCCCCGCCUGAUCAAGACCUAGGACAAGCUGACUCCCUGUUGUACAACAGUCUGCCCUCUGCUCCAGGGGGAUCUGCGCAGUCUGCAGACAGCACCAAGAGUAGAGGUCGGGAUGGAAGAGGCCCCGGGGCCCCUAAACGACACAAUCCCUUCUUGCUGCAGGAUGGUGUGGCCGAGCCAGGACUUGGUGACCUGUAUAAUGACAGCAUUGGUGAUAGUGCCAUCCAGCAGUCCUUCCACCUGCAUGGGGCUGGCCAGCCCACCUUCCAGCUAUCCUCUUUCCAGCUGCCACCACCUGGCCCCAGAGUGGGCAGGCCACGGGGGUCAACACGUUGUCGGGCUGGAGUGGUGGAGGGGCAGGAACAGGAGCCAGUGACCACCUUGGAUACCCAGCAGUGCAGCACUAGCCGCUGCUGCCGGCCAGAGCUGGAAGCAGAGACCAUGGAGCUAGAUGAGUGUGCAGGACCUGGUGGGAGUGGCACUGGGGGUGGAGCCAGUGAUACCUCUGGCUUUUCCUUUGACCAGGAAUGGAAGCUCAGCUCAGAUGAAUCCCCAAGGAACCCCAGAUGCUCAGGCUCAGGACCCCAGCACUGCCGCUGCAGUAGCACAUCCAGUCAGUCCGAGGCGGCUGACCAGUCCAUGGGCUAUGUGAGUGACUCCUCCUGCAACAGCUCAGAUGGUGUGCUGGUCACCUUCAGCACCCUCUACAACAAGAUGCAUGGCAACUCCCGUGCCAAUCUUAACUCAGCCCCACAAUCUUGCAGUGACUCUUCCUUCUGCAGCCAUUCAGACUCUGGCGCCUUCUACCUGGACCUGCAAACCUCCCCAGCUGAGUCUAAGAUGUCUUGUGAGUCCCACCACCCUGACAGUGGAGGAAGGGAAGGAGGCUAUGGUUGUCCUCAUGCCUCAUCUCCUGAGCUCGAUGCCAACUGCAACUCCUACCGGCCACACUGUGAGCCCUGCCCAGCUGUGGCUGACCUCACAGCCUGUUUCCAGAGCCAGGCCCGUCUUGUUGUAGCCACACAGAAUUACUAUAAACUUGUCACCUGUGACCUGUCCUCCCAAUCAUCCCCAAGCCCAGCUGGCUCUUCUAUUACUAGCUGCUCUGAGGAACACACGAAGAUAAGUCCUGCACCAGGCCCUGGCCCUAGCCAGCCCUCUGAGUAUUACCUAUUCCAGAAGCCAGAAAUCCAGCCAGAGGAACAAGAAGCAGUGGGUUCCUCAGAGGAAGCAGCAGCUCCCGUGGGUCCUGCUGUGAUUGAGGGGCAAGUGUACACUAAUACUUCACCCCCUAACCUUAGCACUGGACGUCAGCGCUCUCGAAGCUAUGAUCGCAGCCUUGAGCGAAGCCCUCCUGUUCGCCUGGGCUCACUGGAACGCAUGUUGAGUUGCCCAGUGCGCCUGAGUGAGGGCCCUGCAGCCCUGGCUGGGCCUAACUCCUCACCUAGGCGGGUCACUUCUUUUGCUGAGCUCGCCAGGGGCCGGAAGAAAGUCGCAGGCUCUGGCUCCCCCCCACUUCGAGUGAGCAUUGGAGACUCCUCCCAGGAGUUCUCACCCAUCCAAGAAACCCAACAAGAUAGGGUGGACCCACUGGAUAAGGGCACUCGCUGUAGCCAUAGCCUACCACCCAUGCCUUUGGGGCCAGGCAUGGACCUACUUGGCCCAGAGCCCUGGUCCACCCAGGUCUGUCAGGGCCCCCAGUCCAGUGAGAUGCCACCUGCUGGUCUCAGAGCUGCUGGGCAAGGCCACCUGACCCAGCUGAUGGAUCCAGGGCCUGCUCUCCCAGGGAGCUCAGCCAACAGCCAUACCCAGAGGGAUGCAAGAGCCAGAGCUGAUGGGGGUGUUGCUGAGAGCCGACCAGUCCUUCGCUACAGCAAGGAGCAGAGGCCAACCACGCUGCCCAUCCAGCCCUUCGUGUUCCAGCACCACUUCCCCAAGCAGCUGGCCAAGGCCCGGGCCCUCCACAGCCUUUCCCAGCUCUACAGCCUCUCGGGCUGCAGCCGUGCACAGCAGCCUGCCCCACUGGCUGCCCCGAGUGCUCAAGUCCCAGCCCCAGCUCCUUCAGGGGAGUCACAAGCAUCCACCAACAGAGGUGCCAGGAAAGGUGGCCCUGAGCCAGAAACCUCACGGCCGUCACCCCUGGGCAGCUACUCCCCCAUUCGAAGUGCUGGCCCCUUUGGGCCCAGCACCGACUCUUCUGCUUCCACUUCAUGCUCCCCUCCCUCAGAGCAGGCCACAGAAAGCCCACCCCCAUGGAGCCACUCCUGUCCUCCUGCUGUCCAGCCUGCCACUUCCCAGCAGCCACAGAAGGAAGAUCAGAAGAUACUGACCUUGGCUGAGUACCGGCUCCAUGGGACAGGAAGCCUGCCUCCUCUGGGCUCCUGGAGAUCUAGCCUCAGCCGAGCAGAGAGCCUGGCCCGGGGAGGUUGUGAGGGCAGCAUGGCCUCCAGACCCAGUAACGCCAACCAUCUAUCCCCUCAAGCACUCAAGUGGCGGGAAUACAGGAGGAAGAACCCACUAGGGCCACCUGGCUUGUCAGGGAGCCUAGACCGAAGGCCACAGGAAGCUCGGCUGGUCCGAAGGAACCCCAUCUUUGAGUUUCCUGGCUCCCUCAGUGCUGCUGGCCAUCUGAACUGCCGGCUGAAUGGUCAAAUAGUAAAGCCAUUACCACUGACUUGCCCUGACUUCCAAGACCCCUUUUCCUUGACUGAGAAGCCUCCAGCUGAGUUUUGUCUGUCCCCAGAUGGCAACUCAGAGGCCAUUUCCAUUGACCUGCUUCAGAAGAAAGGGCUGGUGAAAGCUGUUAACACUGCUGUGGACCUCAUCGUGGCCCAUUUUGGCACAAGCCGGGAUCCUGGGGUGAAGGCAAAGCUGGGGAAUAGUUCUGUGAGCCCCAAUGUAGGCCACCUGGUUCUGAAGUACUUGUGCCCUGCGGUCCGGGCUGUGCUGGAGGACGGGCUCAAGGCCUUUGUGCUAGAUGUCAUCAUCGGGCAACGUAAGAACAUGCCAUGGAGUGUGGUUGAGGCUUCCACACAGCUAGGCCCAUCCACCAAGGUCUUGCACGGCCUCUACAACAAAGUCAGCCAAUUCCCAGAGCUCACCAGUCAUACCAUGCGCUUCAACGCCUUCAUCCUUGGCCUGCUCAACAUCCGGUCUCUGGAGUUCUGGUUUAAUCACCUCUAUAACCACGAAGAUAUCAUCCAGACCCACUACCAGCCAUGGGGCUUCCUGAGCGCAGCACAUACUGUGUGCCCUGGCCUCUUUGAGGAGCUGCUGCUGCUGCUACAGCCCCUGGCCCUGCUGCCCUUCAGCCUCGACUUGCUGUUCCAGCACCGGCUGCUGCAAAGUGGGCAGCAGCAGCGGCAGCACAAGGAGCUGCUGCGGGUGUCCCAGAACCUGCUGCUGUCUGCCCACUCAACGCUGCAGCUGGCCCAGGCCCGGGGCCAGGAGGGCCCCGGAGACGUGGACAGGGCAGCCCGUGGGGAGCGGGUGAAGGGUGUGGGUGCCCCAGAAGGUGGAGAAGAUGAGGAGGAAGUGGAGGAGACAGAAGAGGCGGCAGAGGAUGCUGGGGGCUCAGGGUGUGGCAGGGGGGCCCGAGGUGGGCAGGCUGGCUGGUGGUACCAGCUCAUGCAGAGCUCCCAGGUCUACAUCGAUGGCUCCACUGAGGGUUCAAGGUUCCCCCGAGGUGGCAGCAAUAGCAGCAGUGGCAGCAGCAGUGAGAAAAAGAAAGGGGCCGGAGGUGGGGGGCCACCUCCCCGAGAGGGAGUAGUGGAGGGAGCUGAGGCCUGCCCUGCUCCUGAGGAGACCCUGGGCUGGGACAGGGGCUGGCCCUUCUGGAUGGGGAGCCCCCCUGAUUCUGUACUGGCUGAGCUGAGACGCAGUCGGGAGAGGGAGGGGUCCACUGCCCCCCCAGCAGAAAAUGAGGAAGGAGCCUCAGGGCCUUCACCUGGGGGCAUCAAGUGGGGACACCUCUUUGGGUCCCGAAAGGCUCAGCGGGAAGCCCGGCCCACAAACAGGCUACCGUCAGACUGGCUGAGCCUGGACAAGUCCAUGUUCCAACUAGUAGCACAGACAGUGGGUGCCCGCCGGGAGCCAGAGCCCAAGGAGAGCCUGCCGGAGCCACACUCUCCAGCCCUGCCCUCUAAGCCUCCAUGCCAGGUGAAGGCACUGUGCCACCAUCUGGCCACAGGCCCUGGACUGCUGAGCUUCCACAAGGGAGAUAUCCUACGGGUGCUGGGGCCAGCCAGAGGAGACUGGCUGCAUUGCAGCCAUGGCGCUGACACAGGCCUGGUGCCUCUGGCCUAUGUGACCUUGACCCCAACUCCAAGUCCAAUCCCCAGAAGCAGCCAAAACUGAGGCCCUGUGCAUGCUGGUGGCCUCAGGGACCCUCAUAACCCCCAGACUCGGAGCCUGAGAGCCCUUCCCUCUGGCUUGGCUACUGAGAGUAGACUGAGAGCUGGGGGCCACAUAUCCCUGUGCUCAGUAUUAAUCACUCCCCCUUAACUGUCCCAGUGACCUUGUCCAGACCUCUACCCAGGAAAGGAGGGAAGGGACACAGCACUGGACUGCCAGGAUUUCCCCAGCCCAUUUGGGCCAGCCCUUCCAUGGGUACAGACAAGCAUGUCCCUAUGGAGGGAGUGACUGGAGGCCCAUUUGCAAGGUUCCCUAGGCCAGGUGGUGAGGUGGAGGGGUGACAGUAUUGGGGCCAGAUCCCUAAGCCCCUAGCUGUAAAUAGGCUGUGGCCAGUGCCUGGUGGUCAAAAGAGGGAGGAGGAGCCCAGGCUUCUGUUUGUGUAUUUAUUUAUUUAUUUAUAACACCUAUUAAUAAAAAAGGUGCUCGGCCUCCAAACCAUUCUCUUUGUGGCUCCCCCCACCCUCUGGCCCACCUCUCUUCCUUCCAAAAGGAUGGCUGGGAUAGGAUGAACAGGGAAGAGAGAACUUGAGGUCCAGGUACCUACACCAGGAGCUGCUGCUGGAGGGUGCUGAAGCCCAGAGCAUCAUGGGUGAGAUGGCCAUAUGUGCAGCCAAACUGGAACUUAUGCCCUGUGUGGCCAAGAGAGUCUGUCACUUGUAGCCAGUGGCAUGGAAAAGCCAUUUAUUUCUCAGCAUGUUGCCUAGACCCUCCAAAAUCUGGUCCUGACUCCCCAGGGUGAACUACCUCAGUUUCUUUUUCUUCCCUAUGGUAAAGCUGAACCACGUGAUCUGAGGUCCCCCCAUAUCUAUUAGUUCCAUCCCCCCAAACCACCUCCACCUAUCCCACACACACACACAAUAUUCCAGUCCCCAAAGCCUCCCUCUGGGGCUAUCCUUACCUGGCACAUGGUCCCCGUAGUUAGGUAAAAGGCUCAGAUUCUGAGAGUAGGUCCUGGAAAGUGGGGGGAGAUGUUUGGGAUCUUUCUGGGGUCUGCCCCAUGAAUACAUCUGUCCAAAUUCCUGCAGUGCCUGGUUGGUGAGCACAGGAAAGCUGGAGCCGAAGAGGAAGCGGGCACGGGGCACAUAACCAGUGAAGCCUGGGGGAGGGGAUACUGAGUGAAGACCUCCUGGGCGCCUCCCCACGCCUUUGGUCAUUACUCACCUCCUCUCACCUGACUUGAAGAACUUGCGAGGAUCUCUGUCAUCCAUGGAAUAGGGGGAAGCCUUGUGAGGAGAAGCAGAUAGAAGAAAAAUAGGGCUAUCAAAUUCAGCUCCUGUGCUCUAACAAGCUCCCAGGGAGGUGGAGCUGGCAGUCAACCUCACAUCCCAUGUACCCACAGCCAUGCUACUCGUGGCCACCCCCAGGCCUGGCCACACAGACGUAAGGCUCCCCACUCCCACCCCACUGCAGACCCCUCAGCUAUCUGGGUCUCACUCGUUCCGCCUCCUGUCCCAGCUCUGGCUCCUCGGCCUUCAGCUCUGGCUCUGGCUCUGGCUCUCAGGCUUGCUCCACGUCUUCUCCUCCUUUAGCCUCCUUUGGCAGCUCUUGACUCCCAUGUCCCCCACGCCACUGAGUAAAACCAUGCAGAGCCUCAGCCCAGACCUGGCUGCAGUUCUUGGCAAAAAUGAACUGUGCCUGGGGUACAAAACCUGGGUGGGCAGGGGCAAGGAAGAUUUCUAUUAGUGUUUGGGACACGUGUUCUGGUAUGGGAUCACCUGUUCAUACCUGUGUACAUACCUGUGUACCCAGGGAUCAUGCUGGAGCUGAGCCUUUCGUGCGCGUGCCUGACAUGCAGGCUUCCUCUGGGAACCUCGGGAGAUCUUGGAGGCUGAAUGCGAGGCAGAAGUGUGCAACGGGCAGGGGGCUAGGCUAGGCCAGGAGAGCCUCGAAGUAGCUGACCAUUUGCCUGCCCAUAGGUCUGGCCCAUGCUGGACCGAAGUAGUGGGCAGUGUCCAGUGUACCUAUAGUACAGGACUCACCCACUCACCUCCAGAGUCCUUCUGCCCCCCCCAUCCCCAGAGGCAGAAGCAGAGAUCUCUGAAGCCCUAGUCUUUUCUAGACUCAGCUGUGUAUAUAUUUGGAGCAGGCAUUUCUCAGUUCUCUGUCUGGGUUUUCAACCCUUCCCCUCUGCUGUUACCCUGUUACCAAGGAGAAGACAACACAGAGCUUCGUGGCACGCCCAGCUACCACAUUUCCCUUGCUUUUCCAUCCAACACCGUAGAUAUCCCAGCCCUGAGCCUCCCAAACUGCUAUGUCCAGUUGGCCCCGGAGGUCUAGGGGGGCACAACUCCUAUCCCUCUACCCCUAUUCCCAGAAGCAAGCUGGGUGUGCUCUGGGUAGAAGUGUUACCCCGGCAUAUAAUGAGGGUUCAGCCCCAGUAUGAAGGUGCUGGCCAUAGCCGUGGGAACCCAGGCAGUUCCUUUUGUUUCCCUUUGAGCCGAGGCUCUGGGCUGUGUGUACUGUGUCCAGGGCAAUGGGGCCAAGCCAGAGGCAGGAGGCAGGGCCA